AUGGCAGCUCCUGCAAGACAAGCGACAGCGAUACCACGAUUCCUUCUACCGCAGAUAUCAUGGCACGCCAGGGUGUCACGGCCAGCAGCGCUGGGUGCACUGGAGCAGGGUCGGCAUAGGUCCUGUAUAGCUUCCGAGAGUCGCGCUGCCUUUCCGAAGUCAUUACCACUCCAAGCACGACCACGUACACUGUGGCCAAAGACAUCGCCACAAUAUGCAAGCGGUCAUGCAUCGGCUCUGGAGUUUCGGCGCAACUUCAGCGCAACUGCACAGCAUUCCAAGGACCAUCACUUCGACACGCUCAAGUUUGUGCAGCGAUUGAAGGAGGAAGGGUUCACAGAAGAGCAAGCCGAGGGCAUGAUGAGGGUUCUCGGCGAUGUAAUCGAGGAGAGGCAAGUCACUGCACGACUUUUCAAAAAAUGGCCAACUAACUUGUACAGCAUCCAAAACCUCACACGCACCAUGGUCCUUCGUGAAGACCAAGAGAAAGCCACCUACACGCAGAAAGUCGACUUUGCCAAACUCCGCUCCGAACUCAUGACGGCCGACUCGACUGAAUCCAGCCUCACGCGCGCAUCGCAUGAGCGUCUUACAAACGAGCUCGCAAAGCUGAAUUCGCGCUUACGGGACGAGAUACAACGGACACAGGCAUCGGUGAGACUAGACUUGAACCUGGAGAAGGGGCGCAUUAGAGAAGAGGCAAACGUGCAGGAACUGAAGCUCAAGGAGACGGAGACAAGGAUUGAGCAGGAGACGGCGCAGCUGAGGGAGAGACUAGAGGCCGUCAAAUUCUCAACGCUACAGUGGCUGAUGGGAGUCUGCACUGGUACUGCGGCGUUGAUGUUGGGUGUGUGGCGGUUGUUAAUGUGA